AACUAAGCUAGUUAACGUCAGCCACUCUAAUAUCUAUAGACAAUUAAUAGGAAUUAAAGACAAGUGGUUUUGAAAUGACGGCCAUUCGUUCAAUAAACGAUUUUUACAAACGCCUCGAGGCUGCUGAUCGAAAACUGGUCGUGCUUGACUUUUAUGCCACCUGGUGUGGUCCGUGCAAGGAUAUGGAGAAGACCGUGAAAAGGAUGGCCACCCAACAUUCCGGAAAAGCUGUCAUCAUCAAGAUCAAUACAGACAAAUACGAUGAGCUGUCCGAGAAAUAUAAAGUCAAUUCCUUGCCCACAUUCGUCUUCAUCAAGAACAACAGACGUGUGGGAAAGUUCAGUGGCGCCGACGAAGACAAACUGGUACGCAUGAUGUCCCAGUUGGCCAAGUGACGAUAAUUGAGGAGUUACUAUUACAUUAUAAGCUAAUUUUUAAUUUGUAUGUCAAUGUUCCAAGUCUGUAUUUAAAUGUGAAUUGUGCGUCUGUGAUGUGCAUUUUAUGAAUAUUUAUUGUAUUUUAUGUAAUGUA